UUGUCGGAAGGUUUCGGGUAACGUUUUAAGUUUGUGACCAACUUCACUUUUGUUGGCUGUUCCUUGAACAUACACAAAGUAGAACGCAAGUAGUAUCAGUGGGUGGAAAAUGGCGACACCGAAAAGUCAGCGUUGGAUGGUAGAUUCGGGCAUUCUGCGUAAAAAAAAUGGAGAAGAGGAACCACAGGAGCUGUUGGUGUUUGGAUAUAGCUGCAAAUUAUUUCGAGAUGAUGACAAGGCGAAAAUGAUUGAUCAAGGAAAACAUUUGAUACCAUGGAUGGGCGAUAGCACGUUGAAAAUAGACAGAUACGAUGGACGCGGCGCUCUGGGGGACUUACGGACAUACGAACCACCGACAGGUGGGUUCGAUCAACGAACAAUCUUGACGGAAGACGAAUUGAAAGUGGAGCAAUUAUGCGACGAAGAACGCUAUCGGUCUCUAUACAGUAGUGAAAUGGAAGAUUCUGUGUAUCAUGAGGAAGAAAUAAAAAGGUUACAUCAAGCUCUGGAUUCAGAGAACACGUACAGUCAAGUAGCAUACGACUACAACGAAGAAGGGAACAAUUCGAAAAAUGCGUGUGACGAUUCGCAAAGUCCAAAACGAUCGGAAGGGUCACAAGAGGAGGAUCAGGCUUUUGUUCCACCGCCUGAUCUAGAAAUUCCAGAUGGUAUUUCAUUGCCGGAGACACAAAAACUGAAUGCCAUCAUAACGAAAACGGCCUUGUUUAUAAGUCGUCAAGGCGGCCAAAUGGAGAUUCUGAUUAAAGCGAAGCAGGCGAAUAAUCCACAAUUUUCCUUCUUGUCGAUAGACGGUCGGCUUCAUCAAUAUUAUAGAUAUAUACUGGAUGCGAUCAAGACUGGGAAAUAUAAUCCUGAAAAGCAGCCGGAGAAAGAAGAAUCCGAACAUGAAGAAGGAUCGUCCGAUCAAGACGACGAACCAUAUCUUCAUCCGAGCUUGGCGUCGUCGUUAACCAAGAUAGAAGCGGCACCCAGCAUUCCGAGUAUACAAUACAAACCAUCAGCGGACUGUGCUUAUUCGAUGCUUGUAAAUAAAAUUACCGGGAAACCACCGCCUUCGAAAGCAGUACCGUCUCAACAUUCGGAAACUGCAAUACAGCCGGCUACUAGUGUAGGAUAUUAUCAUCCCAUGCCAGGGCAGACUUAUAGUCUUUAUUCGAGUUCGAUCACUGCAACUGCAACGGCUAUGGCACCGGCUAUAGCUACGUCUACGUCUACGAUUACGGCUAUGUCUACUCCUACGCCAACGUCUACACCUACGUCUAUUGUUACGGCUACGACCACGGCUCCGGGUACGGCAAUAACAGUAGCAACGGCAACAACAAUGGCCAACCCGGUACAGUACUCGCACGGACCGGUGAUAUACGGACCAAAUGGACAGAUACAGUCAUCGCUACAAAUCAAUGUAGCAAACGUUCUUUCAUCCGCAAAUGAAAUGAUCGCAACGCAAGUUACCACGAACGAAUCGCAACCACCGUUGGUACCGUAUGGAUCCACGUCUCAGAAACAAUUAAGCAGGCCUUCCUUUAUCGUUCCACCAGCGGAUGUACAAAUAAUUAUUGACAAAAUGGCGAGUUACGUGGCAAAAAAUGGUAGAGAUUUCGAGGCGAUCGUAAAAAAUAAAGGGGAUCCGAGAUUUAAUUUUCUCGAAUUGUCACAUCAAUAUCACGGUUAUUACGCGCAUAAGUUGACGAUAUACGAAGGAGCUAUAAAUCCGAAAGUAUUGACGGAGGAAGAACUAUUACAGAAACAGGAGCCACAAGAAGAGAAGCAAAAGAAACUGGAAGAGUUGCAGAAGAAGCAACAAAGAAUGGAGGAAGUGCAGAAGAGAGUAAAGAUGAUACAAGCAAAAAAAAAGUGCGAACCAAGAUUGAAAGAAGCAACAACGAUUGCGGAAGGAGUGAAGCAAGUGACGACUGUAUCGUUUUCGAUAAAAAAACCAAAGGACGGAGAAACCGGAGUAAUAGAGAAGCGAAACGCAUUACCAUUGGAAGAGAGCGAUGAUGAGAUGGAAGGUGAGAGCAAAGAUGGAAAUUCGAAGCCAAGCUCGCCACAAGAUUCGAACGAACAAGGUUCGUUGAAUGUCCUCGGGAUGACAAUUGACAAAGAUGUCGGUGGAGUAUGGAAGUCGGAGAAAAAAUGGAAAAACGAGGAAAAGGAGUUGGUGGACCUAACGGACGAAAUUUUGGAAGAUUGUCAAAAAGAGAUUAGACACAAGCAGGCCGAAGAUAGAAUCAAGGAUAAGCUAGUCGCAGCGGCAAGGGACAAAUUGGCUGCUACUUCGAGGGAAAGGCAACUUCAGUUGGAAAGAAAGAAGAAAGCAGCAGCAUUUUUGAGUCAGAUACAGAGUUCCGGUUUACCAAAAGGUAGUGGAACGUCGGCGUCUACAGUUAAUCAGGUAGGGAUAAGGAAAGACGAUUCAGACGAAGUGCAUUCUGUUCCGUCGCCAUCCCCUUCGCCGUCUUUGGACGACGCGAAAUCCUCUUGCGAUUCGAGGACAACCGGUGGAAACUCUUUGAUGGAUAGGCUAAAGAGCGCAGACUUGGCCAGUAAAAGGUCUAGGCCACGAUCGAGAAGCCCAAGUGGAAAUCGAAGUUACACAGAUAGACAAAAGUUUCACAAGAAACACAAAAAGAAGAAAAGUUCCCACAGAAGGUAUGCGACUUUUUCGAUCGAUUACCACGUUUAACACAACCACUACGUCGGUCACGUGCAAUCAAAGUGCAAUUGCUUACUUUUUUCACUCACUCACUUACUCGCUCACUCGCUCGCUCUCUUUCUCUCUCUCUCUCUC